CAUUCACCAGGCCUCUCUAGGCGACGAAGUAGCAUAACAACACCCUUCCUCUAAGCAACCAGCACGAACCACAUAAGAGAGACCACGAGUGACUCGAUCUACCAAAAUACCUCCUAGGAUGGACCUCUCCGCGCCCUCAGCAACAACCGACGUGCUCACCACCUCCGAACUCCUUGAAAACGUACUCUACCAUCUUCCCCCUGCUUCUCUCCUCCGCGCGCAAAGCACGUGCCGACUCUUCCACACUCUCAUCUCGACUUCUCCUUUGCUGCAAUCAUGUCUUUUCUUUCGUGCUCCGCCGCCCUCCUCUUCAAAGUCAUCUACCAAAGCUGCCUCUUUCACACCCAACCAUCUCCUCCUCGCUACCUUCCCUGGCUUUUUCUCUUCCUCUUCCAGGAUCCCGAAGGAUGAUUGGGAUCUCCUUUUCGGACACCUCGACCGUUCACUCCUCGACGUCGGAGUCACAGCAACUAUGGAGAAGUUUAAGAGGCUGCCAUUCAAUGAUCCUGCAAAGAGAGAAGCAAUGAGGAGGAAAGAGGCGAGUUGGCGACGGAUGCAUAUCGCAAAGCCACCGAUCAAGAGGAUCGAAUUCGUUAACACGCAUCACGGUCAAAUGCAGACAACGGUUGAGCAUUGCGUUAUUGAACUGGGAAUGGAUAGCGAAGAAACGGAUGGGGAGAAGAGGGCACACUUUGUUGUUGCGAGAUUUCCAGAAGGUAGAAGUAGCAAGCGCGAAGCUCCUUCUGAUACUUGGGGAGUUUUCGAAGACGGGAUCAUCGAUCUCGAGAACUUCGGGAAGCUCCCAGCCAGUGAAGCCAAGGAAGUCAGCUCCGCCCCACCUGUUUCAGUGGUGCUUAAGGACGAGGGGUUGAGGAUGGGUGUGUUGUAUGACUACAUCGAGGAGGUCGUCUGUGGAAGCAACUACGACCGACCAAGCUUCCAGCUCAGUUUCGAGGUGCAUGGGGGGGAGUUGGAAAUGUGCGAGAAAGAGCUAGGUGGCAGUGGAGACGAAGCGGGUAGCGAAGAGAUAGUAGACGAAAGCGAUAUCGAGUUCACGCUCCGGGUUGCCCUGUCGUGUGUCUUUGGGUGCGUUAUCGAGGAAGAACCCCCGAUGCUAGAUUUUCACAGCGAGGGGUUUGAGAAGGUCCAAGUGGUGGGAACUCAGGUUUCUAACAAGGCUUCAGGAAUGUGGGACGAUGAUGGAGGUCUGUGAAGGCUGUUUGUUUCUAUGAGGAUAUGAUACUCUCUUCAACGGAAUGGAGCAGCCAAUCUCAUGUUCGAGUGUCUUACAGAAUCGAUCUUCAAAAAUAGAGCUAAAAGCGUUCAAUUGGCAUAUAUCGACCCCAUAUUAUCUCAGGAACCUCAGACGCUCCGCAGAAAAUUUGUGGUGGUUGCAUAACUCAGCACCUACCGUUACCCCCCUCCCCCCUCUGCAACACCCCUGCAACUCCCCUGCAACUCCCAAAAUCCUCUGUGGAGCGUCUGAGCUCAAAUGGGCGCGUGUUUGGUGUAAGCAGGUCGGAAUUCAACAGGCUCAUUUUCUUCAGUGGACGAAAAAAGGGUGUUACCAAGCAGCUAUCAUCACAGUUGUUGAUGCAAUUGAAUGCUAAGGUACUUGAGUACUCAAUUCACAUAUUUAUGCCUU